GCGAGCGAGAGAGGGAGAGAUGUGGGCAAGCACUGAGAGUUCAUCCAAUACUACCGAGACGUUUCCAGCUGAGCGCACGGCCACGGCAAAGCGUCCAUCCCGGCUCCGGCAAGUGAUGCUGCACCGAGCCGCACUUUGAUCCAACCGGCGGAAGAGAAGAGGAGGGAGGGGGGGGGCAAGCGAAAUCACCGCAUCCCUCUUUUUGGGGGUGCACAAGCUUGUAAAAUUAAUUAGCUGCAAGUUCUGCCAAGAGGUGUGUGUUUUUAGGCGCUUGGAUGGAAGUUUUUGACGCACGUUUUGGCGCACUCGGUGUUGACUGAAAUGUCACAUGUAGGGAUACAGUGUUAGGGUAAAAAAGACGCUUGGACAUAUGAAGAGGAAUUGUUUUUUUCAAACAAAGUUGCGUGCGUCUUUAUUUUCUUCAGCUUGUGUGGACAACCGCUCUUUUGCGCAUGGAUAAGUUUUUGUAGUGGAUAUUUUUGAUUGUAUUUCCAUCACAUUUUCCAAACGAGGAUUGCCCCCCCUCGUCUUAUACCCGCUUCAGCUCAAUAUAUGGCACUUGUUUUUUGAUUAUUUUUCGAAAAGCGGCGAUGUUUUUACGCGGAGGCAGCACUCACUGAUUUUUUUAGCCCAGUCCAGCAAAAAAGACAGAAUUGCUUCUGUGGAAGUGAAGCCCCCCAUCCACUCCUGAGUAUGAACUUAGCAAGUCAGACUUAUGUGCUGGUGGUCUUUCUCACCUCUGCGGCCUUCAUAUGCCGGGCCCAGGAGAGAGACUACACAGUGAAGGAGGAGCAGCCGGAGAAUGUCCGCAUCGGGAACCUGCGCAGGGACCUGGACCUAAAUCUGGACCCCAACACCCGGCUAUCCUCACCCUUGCAGUUCAAGCCUGUGUACAAGACAGGCGACGUGCCUUUGGUGAGGGUGGAGGCCAAUACCGGAGAGAUCUUUACCACCAAUCACCGCAUCGACAGGGAGAAGCUGUGCUCGGGGGUCUUUGCAGAGAAACGCUGCUACUACGAGAUCGAGGUGGCUGUGUUGCCUGAUGAGAUCUUCCGACUGGUCAAGAUCCGUUUCCUGAUUGAGGACGUCAAUGACAACGCGCCCCUUUUCCAAUCCACGGUCAUAAACAUCUCCAUCCCGGAGAACACGGCCAUCAACACCCGAUACCCGGUGCCCUCUGCCUUUGACCCUGAUGUCGGGAUCAAUGGGAUACAACAUUACGAGCUGGUCAAGAGUGUUGGAGAAUUUGGCUUAGACAUCAUUGAGACGCCCGAGGGUGACAAGUGGCCGCAGCUGAUCGUUCAGCAGAAUCUGGAUCGUGAGCAGAAGGACACCUUUGUCAUGAAGAUAAAAGUGGAGGAUGGUGGCAACCCUCCCAAGUCUAGCACUGCCAUCCUUCAAGUCACCAUCUCUGACGUCAAUGACAAUCGCCCCGUCUUCAAGAAUAGCGAACUGGAGGUCACGGUACCGGAGAACGCCCCCACAGGGACAUCGGUUGUUCAGCUUCACGCGACAGACGCAGACCUCGGAUCCAAUGCCCAGAUUCACUUCGCCUUCAGUAACCAGAUUUCUGCUUCGACUAAACGACACUUUUCCAUUGAUAGCACGACGGGAUUGAUCACUGUGAAGCAGCCACUGGACAGGGAGUUAACUCCUGUUCACAAACUCAUUGUUCUGGCCAGUGACGGCAGCUCGACACCCUCCAGAGCCACAGUGACUGUCAACGUUACCGAUGUUAAUGACAAUGUUCCCUCCAUUGACACUCGCUACAUCAUCAACCUGGUGAACGGGACUGUUCUGUUGUCUGAGAAUGCCCCCCUCAAUACCAAAAUAGCCCUCAUCACAGUUACAGACAGAGAUGCAGAUCUCUACGGCAAAGUCACUUGCUACACUGACCAUGAUGUUCCAUUUCGGUUGAAGCCUGUCUUUAAUGAUCAGUUUUUACUGGAGACAGCUGCUCCACUCGAUUAUGAGAUGACUCGAGAAUAUGCAAUUAGGAUAGUGGCUUCGGAUAGGGGGACGCCUCCUUUGAACACUUCAGCUAUGGUUUUAAUUAAAAUCAAGGAUGAGAACGACAAUGCGCCCAUCUUCCCCCAGCCAGAAAUCCAACUUUCCAUACCAGAGAAUAAUGACCCGUCAUCACAGUUAAUAAAAAUCAGUGCCACUGAUGCAGACAGCGGACAUAAUGCUGAAAUUAUUUAUACCCUUGGCCCUGAUGCACCCGAUGGGUUUAACAUAGACAGACGGUCAGGAAUUCUUUCAGUUGGCAAAAGACUGGACAGAGAGAAGCAGGAAAGGUAUUCAUUCACUGUCAUAGGCAGGGACAAUGGUUCCUCGUCCCUGCAGAGCAAUGUCACAGUCAGGCUAAUCGUUCAGGACCUUAAUGACAACAGCCCGGCUUUCACACACCCUGAAUACAACUUCUAUGUGCCUGAAAAUCUUCCACUGUUUGGAACUGUGGGCUUAAUCACAGUGACGGACGCAGAUGCAGGAGAUAAUGCCAUUGUGACCCUCUCCAUUUUGAACGGGAAAGACCAUUUCAUCAUCGACCCUCAAACCGGUGUAAUCAAGCCCAAUAUCACCUUUGAUCGGGAGCAGCAGAGCUCCUACACAUUUAUGGUGAAAGCAGUGGAUGGAGGGGACCCCCCUAGCUCCUCCUACGCCAAGGUCACUAUAAAUGUGGUCGAUGUAAACGACAAUCGCCCUGUGUUCGUUGUUCCCUCGUCCAAUUACUCAUAUGACCUCGUGCGGACCACCACCACCCCCGGUGCUGUUGUUACAAGGGUGUUUGCUAUUGACAAUGACACAGGUAUGAAUGCUGAGCUACAGUAUAGCAUUACCAGCAGCAUCAUCAUCACAUCUAGGGUCUCCCCUCGAGGCCUUUUCUCAAUUGACAAAACAACAGGUAACAUAACACUGCAGGAGAAAAUAGUGGCGGCGGAUCAAGGGCUGCAUAGGCUGGUUGUCAAAGUCAGAGAUCUUGGCCAGCCUGAAUCAUUACAAGCAAUUGCACUUAUUCACUUAUUUGUCAAUGACACUGUGUCAAAUGCCACUUUUAUCCAAGAACAGCUGAGGAAAAGCAUGGAGACGCCACUGGACCGGAACAUAGGGGACAGUGAGGUAACACCUCAAGCUAACGGAUAUGUGAUUGUUGUCAUUGCGAUCAUAGCCGGGACCAUGACUGUCAUCUUGGUGAUAUUUGUGACUGCCUUGGUGCGCUGCCGACAGACUCCCAGACACAAAGUGGUACAGAAGAGCAAGCAGAGCGGCGAGUGGGUGUCGCCCAACCAAGAGAACCGUCAGAUCAAGAAGAAGAAGAAGAGAAAGAAGCGCUCCCCUAAGAGCCUCCUCCUGAACUUUGUGACCAUAGAUGAAUCUAAGCCUGACGACCCCACCCAUGAGCAUGUUAAUGGUACUCUGGAUCUCCCCGUGGAGCUAGAGGAGCAAACCAUGGGGAAGUACAACUGGGCCACCACGCCCACCACCUUCAAACCUGACAGCCCAGACUUAGCCAAGCAUUACAAGUCUGCAUCCCCUCAGCCUACAUUUCAAAUCAAACCGGAGACUCCGGUGGCCCCAAAGAAGCAUCACGUGAUCCAGGAGCUCCCUUUGGACAACACAUUUGUGGUGGGCUGCGACUCGCUUUCCAAGUGCUCAUCGACGAGCUCCGACCCGUACAGUGUCUCAGAGUGCGGCUGUCAGGGGGGAUUCAAGAGUCCGGGGCAAAUCACCACCCGACAGAAUGCGAGCCAGACGCCAGAGAAGUCUUUUAACUCCCCACCGCCCAUUUGUCCUCAUAAGGAGGCCUGUCAACUUGGGAAGAUAACCUCUGUGAAUACCCAGCGCCGUGUGACUUUCCAUCUUCCAGAUGGUUCCCAGGAGAGCUGCAGUGACAGCGGGCUGGGCGAUCCAGAGCCAAGCAGCACGGCCAGCACCUCCCAGACUCUCCCGCUCAGCUUCCCCCAGGAGGAGUACUAUGAGCAAACAUCACCUAACAGCCGCACCGAGGGAGAUGGGAACUCAGACCCCGAAUCCACCAUCGAGGUGAACCUCCAGAAAGCCUUGGCCGAGGCCUCAGAGACGUGCACCCAAGAGUGUUUGAUCCUGGGCCACUCCGACAGCUGCUGGAUGCCACCGGUGCUGGCCCAGUUCCAGAGUCCGGUCAGCGGAAGCCCCGCCUCCACCCCUACCUCCGCUGCCAUCUCCGGUACGCUCCCGUCCUUUGGCUUCCAGCAGAGCUGUGCUCGGGGAGCCAAGGCUAACAUGGGCAGCCUGGGCGUCAUGGAUGGCCGCCACACGCUGGGCAGGUCUGUGCCGAAAAAAGACGAGUUGGACAAAGGGCUGAACCGGCCGCAGUUCUACAACACCUUGGAUAGACACAGUAAUAAGAAGGAGGACACCGUCAAGGUCAUCCCCCUGGCCAGCUUCUCGUCCCCUGGAAAGCAGACGGCAACCGGCGGGGGCAGCAGCGCCUUCCUACACGAGCACCAGCUGUAAGAACAUUGGCCUGGCAUCCUGUACAUGUGACUCCAUCCAGCUUUUUUCAGUGACUUCAUUCUUAGAAUCUACGCCUACGUGGAAGUAUGCAUCAUUUGAAGAAGUAGGACCAGCUCGCCUUUACUAAUUAAGACUUCAUGAACAAACUGAUUUCAUCAUGAACACGAUACUUUUCCGAUGAGGUCCGUCAGAAGGCCUUUUAAAUGUGCAUCUAUCGUGUUGUAAUACUCAAGCUCGAUCUCAAGACUUUUUGGUGUCUCAUCUCAGAGACCAUUACACUUUUCCUCAAACUUAGAUUUAAGGGACUCAGGAUUUGUUCUGAAGACCACUCAAGACCAAAACUGCAUAACAGUACAACCAGAAUGCCCAGAAAUACCGUACUGACCUGAAUAUAAGAGAGUAUUUUUGAGAUAAAAAGUCUGAAAAAGGCAAACAAAUUGGCGGCAGGUGACUUCUCUACAAUCGAGGCACAGCUUUUCUUCCUGUCACUCACAGACACCUUGAAAAAGUUUUAUAUUCGGUUCAAUACGGUAAUUUAGUAAGCAUUUAGUAAUGAUGUUUGGUUUUGGGAAAUACCUUGUUUUAAAUCGUCCCUCGUUUAUCGAGGUUAACCUGUUCCAGACCCAAAGUGAAUUUCUGCAAAGUAGGAUUUAAAAUUAACUUCCUGUGCGCCUCUCUAUUAGGUCCCCUGGGGCAGUGCUUCCCAACUGGUCAGUCGUGACCCUAAAGUGCCGUUUUCAGUUGGUUGCGGGUCUUUGCCUGGGAGGAAAAAAAUGAUGUAAUGACUCGAUGUCUGUGAAUGCACCUCGUCUUCUUGUCUGUGCCGCCAUGAGGUGAUUGUCAUGUCAUGUUGGGUGACUUUGUCAAGCUUGUGCGGAAAGGAAAAGUGGGGGCUCCAGCACACAGCUGCAGAUAUCUGCUGGAGACACGCGACCCAUAAAGAGAGACAGCAUCUCACCGCUGUAGCUCGCGUUGUGUUGCGUGGGGGAAUUCUGCCCACAAUGUAGACUGCUCACAUUUGAAAGUUAGUGUCCGUCUAGGCAGCCGCGUCACCAUUGCGAACAGUUGCUUUGAAUAGACGCUACUUGAAAAGUUUGAGUUGAAAAAUUUCAGCAAUUUGGGUCGCCGCUUGUCAUUGAAGGGGGUCGGUGGGUCCCACAGCCAAACUAGUUGAAAAUCACAGCCCCAGGGAACACAUUUAUAGUAGCACACACGAGCAGGUGUCUUAUUUAUGUCUUAAAUGUCUUAUUUGCUGUUAUUAUGUCUACUAUAUUGGGUAAUACCAGGGUAAAAGUUACUGUAGGGGUGUUAUUUCAUGACUAGAGGACUGUAAUAAUGUUAACAAUUGCAUUCAGAAGGUUUUCUAUGUGCUAAGCAUGAAAAUGUUCCACUUAUAAAUAAGGAAUCCCACUUUGUGGAAAUUCACUGGAACAACGAAUAAAACAAGGGAUUGCUGUAAUCAUACAAACCUUGACUUGGUCUUGGUCUGGACUUGGUCUCAAAUCCUCAUGGUCCUGGUCUCGGCAUUUUGUGUGGUCUUGACUAAUAGAGAUUACAUCACAUCUACUGUCGCUGACUAUUUGGAUCAGCACCAAAUUGGACACCGGUAUAGAGUAGAUAUCCAACUUUGUGAAUUAAUGACAUUUUAGAUCCGUGGAUCCACGACAUAAUUCUUUGUUUUCUUUCUUGGCACCCCCCACAAAGUUUGGUGGAAACAUGUAAAGCAAUUUUCCUACUGACUAACAAAGAAAGCUAAAUAUUAACAUAACGUCCUUGGUGAAAAUGUAGUCAAUACCAAAGUAGUUUCAUCACAGAAAAUAAGAAGAGUGAUUUUUGCAAUGAGUGCAGUGAUGUGUUUCGUGAUAGAAUGGGACACUGUACUAUACUCCUCUUUGUGCCCAGCUUGGAGCAACUGCGCUCUAAAAGACCAUUUACUCAUGCAGAAACAAAUGCAAAUACAGUACGUUUGAGUGUGGCGUGAGCUAAUUUGGGCUAAAUGCUAAUUACGAGCCCUGGGUGGUGUUUCUAUUCGAGGCCUAGUGAAGUGUUGCUCUGUGUAACAUGCAGCACAAACUCCUUUGGUGGCGGGAGAUGUUGCUUUUGUCUUGGCUGAGUGUGUUUCAGAAGUCUAUUUUGGUCGGGGUGGAGGGGACUGUGGAAAGAUUUGGAAAAAAAAAAGAUUUGAAAAGCAUAACUAGGCCAACACUAGACAGCGCUGCUAAUUUUUGUGCAUUCUUCCCACCGAGGACCGCUAAAACUAGGAAGAAACACAAAUAAUAUAACACAAACACAUACCCGGGAUGUUUACCAUAUGGUGAAUACGCCAUCCCUGCCAGCUCCAUUAAGAAAGUGCUUCGCUGCUAAAAGUCGUCUUGUUAUCUCGCCUUGAAAGGUGCAGAUGGAUGCGCUUUGGAAAGGCAACUACCCCCACACUUCCUUUUGUUUCUGUUUCUCAUAUUUUGCUGCUCAGAUUGGUGCACAUAAUACCGAUCCAUGGAGCCAAUUAGGAACUUCUCUGUCUAAUUACUUUGAUGUGUGAUGUUGGUAGCGACCCUUAUUGCGGUUUAGAGGUCCAUAGAAUGGUUCUCGGGGCUGGCUGGGAACUUGCUUUGCACUUGCACCAGCAAUGACAAGGUGGUAAGACCUUGAAAAUAACAGCUUAAUAUGCUCCUGCUCUGCCUGCAUCCCAAUAGCUUGCCGCUAAUUACCAAUAUAUGUUUCCAUGCAGGGCUCUUUGAAGGCACAUGAUUAUUCAUUUAAGCUGAUGCUCACAGUAUCGCAGUGAAACAUUACAUUUUUGUCACGUGCAUUCAACUUCCAGGUUCUAACAAUUCUUCUUGGAGGAAGCAAUGUAAAAUGAUUUCAUUGAUUCUCGGCUCAAACGGCCACUAUCAUAAAACCUUUAUUAACGCUAAAGGCAGUGUUUAAAGUAACUUUUUUCAACUGUCGAAAGAGAAUUGAAUCACUAUAUAAUAAAACGAGUAAACCUUAAAUAAAGUCAAGCUAUGUGCCUUUGGAAGACGUCCACCAGAUGCAUACAGUCAUGUGAAAAACAUGACUAAAUAAAUUGGAUUGACUUGAAAUUUCUCACACAGCUGAAAAAAACACCCACUGUAACUUUAGGGUGUAAAAUACAACAACAGCAGAACUACAAUCCGUUCUAGAAAAUCUGACUCAAAUAGAAACAAGAGCUGGAAGGUGCUUGUCACUGCCGUUCUUCCAUACAGGAAAAGCCAGCAGAAAGUCAAAUGCAUUCAAAAUAUUUUUAUGCUUUGCUGAAUGAAUGAAUGAAUGAAUUUGCCUGCCAGGACGGAGGACUAUAUACCCAAGUUCACCAGGAGGUGAUCAGACCUUUACAACAAAGUAUCAGAACUUUUCCUGGAGAAGGAUAGGGUGCAUGUACUUCAUUUACAGAUAAAACGUAAGAACACAAACGUUUUCCAGUUAAUUAAAAAUGUAAAAAAUGGGACUAAGAAGUAUUUGAAAACAAUUUGAACAUUUUUUUUCAAACAAAAGUGAAUUAUUCUCCCCUUUUUCUUAUUAUCCUCUUAAUGAGCAACCUGUAUUUCCAUAAAAACAACCUCCAACAGAGUCAGUGCCUCAGCAGCCAUGAACCUCACUGCACGUCACUGCGCCAUAUUGUACAUUAACUGGGAAACCGAGGCAAUUUUUCUUUGCAAACUGUCAACGUAAACCAGGCUAAAUGGGGCGUACGCUAACCGAUAAUUGUCCGUGAGUCAUUUGUCUAAUGAUUACAAAACUUCAUAAAUAUACAGUCAUGGAAAAAAUGAUUAGCCCACCCUUGUUUCUUCAGUUUCAUGUUCAUUUUAAUGCCUGAUACAACUAAAGGUUCCUUUGUUUGGACAAAUAUAGCAAUGACAACAAACAUAGCUCAUAAGAGUUACAUGUUUUGGCAGCACAAUGCUAUAGCUAGUCAUGUAAGAACUUGAGUGAUUUUGGUUAUUAUCAAGAAAACCAUGGAAGUUGUUAGAUAUCAACUCUUAUAAGUUAUAUUUGUUAUCAUUAUAUUUGUCCAAACAAAUGUACCUUCAGUUGUACCAGGCAUUAAAAUGAAUCAAUAAACUGAAGAAACAAGGAGUGGUCUAAUCUUUUCAAGACUCAAUAUACUACAUGUAUGCUAGCAUGUCUUCCAAACUAUUUACAGCACAACCGAUAGGGGGCGCCACAGUCACAAGAGGAAAAUUAGAACACCCCGUGGGAGAGGGAACAGGAUGAUGUGUGCAAAUUGACACCAUCAGCAGACGAGCAGCAUAACAUAACAUUUCAUUGCUACGUACGGUUUAAAGAUGUAAAUUCCCAACAGGGCAUCUGCCUGCCAAAAUGAAAUGUGUUUUUUUUUUUUUUUUUUUUUUUUUUCCCAGAAAUACCGGUUGAAAACUUUUGUGGCACGUGACUUUGGAUGUUCCACGGUGUCAGACUUGGCAUCGCCACAAUGCAAAACGCUUCUCAGCAUGGUCAUAAACACUCGGAAUCACUUCCUGAUGAUGAUAACCGCUCCAGAGUAACUUUGUGCUGGAACAGAUUGGGUGCAGUAUAAUCUAUUGCAACGACAUUAAGUGGCUCUGCUUCCCGCUAACACCCAAGCCAGGUGUCUACAUCGCUGGGUUUAUGAUUCAUGCGAUUCAUUUCCUUGUACCAUCUUGCAAAUUGGGAACAGCCGUGCAUUUAUAAUGUCGCAUGGCCUUCGCAAGGGAAGGGGGGGCAAGGCAAAUUGUUUGCAUGCAAUCCGCUGCCGCUGCUGCUGCCGCUGCCGCUGCCGCUGCCACGGCCUAUUCCCUUACGUCCUCGGCCGUAAGGGAUUUUAUCCUUGUGAAGAGGAUUUAUCUGAGAUUUCUCAAAAGGAUCACCUAAUGUGGCACUAUGUUCGUGACAGGGGAAUGAGUCAGUUCACUCUGUAAUUAUGAAAACGUAUUCAAUUGGAAGAAAGUGCGUUGGUCAGUCCAUCUCUAAACACCACCAGGGAUGUGCUGCCUCUUUGACAAGUUUGUCUGAUUUCUUUUUUUUUUUAUCACUCUUUUUAUUACUUUUCAUCUCAUUUUUUGUCAUAAGAAACACAUGUACAACCAUGAUCAACAUCUUAAGACCAGUUGAAAAGUUGUAAAAAUGUACAUUUUGCACUGUUGGAUCUUACGGACGUUCUAAGUAAUCCUUCCAAAGAAUACAUGGGCGUGAGACAAAAAAAGAAUGAGUAAGCAUUUUAUUGCAAACUAGCAAUAAAGUGAAACAGGCUGUUCAUCAGCUGAUCAAAAGUUUAAGACCAUAGCUAAAAAAAACCAAAACCCCCCUAAAAUAGAAAUAAAAUGUUCAGUAUGUCAUGCCAUAAAUGUCAUGCCAGUAACGUUGGAAGCCAUCACGACCGUCAAGGUUACAUUUUUUUUCUUAUUGGAGAAUAAAACUUUCUUCCACCUUUCAAUGUCCCAUGUUUGGUGCUCUCCUGCAAAUUCCAAACUAGCAAUUUUCUGGCGUUGAAGAGACGAGGCCUUUGAAGAUGUUUUUUGUUGUUAAAAGCCUUCCCAUUAAGAUACCGUAUGACGGUUAUUGGACUGCUCUCGGCAUCAGUAGCAACCUUCAUUUGGGCCGAGAAUCGUCCCAUGUCUUCACUGACGGCAAUGGGAUCCUAGGGCUCAUUUUUUUGAAUGACUGUCUUAUUGCAUCCAACCUCAGCAGCAAUGUUACUCAACAAUCCCACCGUGUUCAAAGAGAGAAAGCUUUUUUGCCUUUGCUACCAAGAGAUCACGACAGUGCGAAUACCUGACAGAAAACGACAUUCAGCCCACAUUUUUGUGAAGGUUUUGGCUUUUAAAGCUUUUGCUCAGGUGAUGAGCAGCCUAUUUUUUGACUCGCUCCCAUUUCUUCUUUUUGCAUUUUGGAGUUCUACUUAGAACCUCCGUAAGAUCCAACCGUGCAAAAUGUAAAUUUUUGCCAUUUUUGCCAUUUUUCAACUAAUAUCUAACUAUCUAACUAACUAUCUGUAAAUGUUGUUUCCAUAUUCAAUCAAAAGGACCACACAUCAUUGGGAAUGACAUGCAGACAGUGAAAUUGCCCCGACAAACCCAAAAGAGCCAUUUCAGUCUCUGUUUACUGAUUGUCAGCCUACGGACAGCCAAGACAUUUAACAAACAUAAUGUUGCACAGUUAGGGUUCAGAAGAGGAAGGAGAUACAUUAUUGUUGUUGGACUGUCUGAAAGAUGUCACAGCUAAAUUGUGUCCUUCUUGCCACCAUGGAGGGAGAGAAUAUCCAUGGAUGAAAACACUGUCGUGAAAAAUGUUCUUGAAAUAAUUUGUCCAAUCACAUUUGUACAAUAUGCACCAUGUAUAAGUAUGAUAUCUCCAUGUGUUAUCCUGACUAUAUAAUAAUGUGCUGUCACGUUUCAGCGCUGAGUAAAUGCAUUAGUGGGAUGUCGCUCAGGAGCCUCAUUUGAGCUUAUUUUUUUGUACGUCAGUCCUGUUUUUUCUCAACAAAGAGCAGAUCUUCUGUAUGAAUGUACAUGUGUUGCUUGUUAAAAGUUUUCAUACGCCCCCCCCCACACACACAAACACACGCAAAUACAAAGUCGGGGAAAAGCUGUCAACAAUCACAGAAUUCUCACUGCAACAUUCUUCUGUCAAGAUUUUCACUGUAUUUUUGUUUCUUUUUUUUACAUCUCUCAUACAGUUAGAAAUAGCAAAGAUAGCCAGCGGAAAAGAUAAUUCUGCCUUUUGUUUUCAGACAAAACUCCAACUGCGUGUCACACGCUCAGCCUGUGACAUCAUUUGCAUGAACUGUUUGGACCCCCACAAGGCGUUUUUAGCUCUUGACUGUGUUUCUGAUGCACCCAUCAUUCCAUCCGCUGUCAGUAUUGACGUUUACUGCUGUACCUGUUUGUCUGUCUUAUAGAACUGAACCAGUGUUACACGCACUGAAACCUUGCAAUAUGUGCAUACCACUUUAGGGCCUCAAGUACAUGCAAAUAUCCACCCCUGUCAGGUGACACUGUACAUAGCAGUACCUCUAAGAAGUAGUGAUACGACUGGACACACACAGUAAAGUUACAGGCUCGACAAUGUAUUGUUGAAGAAGGAACACAUGAGAAAAGAUGAGAUGACAAUCUCUGUAAUGUAACAUAUGCAUAAUAUUAUCGACUUAUGUUUGAGUCAGAGUGUGUGUGUGUUUGUGGGCGAGUGUGUGUGUGUUUGCACGUGUGGGCAAACUUGUCUACAGUAGAUCCCCGCUUUUCACAGGAGUGACGUUCCUCGCCUACCAGCCAAUGGCGAAAAUCCGCUCCCACUUUAAAUGGCUACAUAAAAAUGGCUAAAUGAACUAAAAUACUAAUAUAAGGCAUUAAGACGAUGCAUUGAAAUUGUGAUAUGUGGUAUCUUACGCCGGUCACUAUGUGUCAGUAGGUGAAACAUACCGGCGCCAGACUUGAUCGCCAGAACAGCAGGCUUUUAUUGCAGGUUUUAAUUAUCUCACAACAGGCACAUUUAAAAUAACAUAGUAAUCAUAAUAAUAACACGGGCUACUGUUACGGCCGUAAUCCAGCUAAAACUCAACCCUGAACCCCAGACGUCACUUCCUGUCCACCUGUCCGGGACACAUUUAUGGCAACACACACAAGCACAAGUGUUAUUUAUGUCGAAAAUGGCUUAUUUUCUCUGAUUAUGUCUACUAUAUUGGGUAAUAUCAGUGUAAUGGUGACUAUAGGGGUGUUAUGUCAUGCCUAGAGGGAUCUAAUAAUGUUAAAAUCCAUAUUUACAAGGUCAGAAACAGGUUUUCUAUGCUCUAACUACCUAAAUAUUCUAUUUACUGUAUAAAGAAGGAAUCCUACUUUGCAGAAAGGGUAACCAAUUAACAGUAAUAAACGAGGGAUUACGGUACUAUAUUUACCACUAAUGAAUGAUAACAAUGAUCGAUAGAAUAGAUGCCGCGCUUACGUCUGUUGCAGGGCCUCCCCCAAGCAACUCUGCAGGCCGCUGGGUCGUCCCGGCUAGCUGUCGGAGAAGGCGUUCUUCCGAGCCGAAUCAAUAUUAUCCACACUGCUUGCCUGUUGUAAAUACAAUAACGCCUUAUGAUCAUAUCCUAACUUGUGUUGACCUCGCUGCAGGGUUUGAGGCCAGCUUGUUAAAGGUUUCACUUUUACGUCCAUGAUGUGUUCAAGGAAUGCCAUACAAAGUGAUGAAAAAAAAAAACAGCAUAAAAACAUACAUAUGCUGUACACUUUAACCUGGUUGGUCAAGUGUUUAUGAAUUAUUAGGGUGAAUGAGACGUUUUUCUGCUGGAAAAGAUAUUUUUGGAGAAAAAAAGAUUUAAAAAAAAUUUUGAACAAAAAUCUAGAAAUUUGCGGGGUCGUGAAUGGUGUAUCGUGAAUGUGCGGGGAUCCACCGUAUACCUUCUUGCCACAAUAUUGUAUGUAUACAAAUGUACCUUGUACAUACUGUAACCUAUAUCAGAAUAUGAUAAGUAUAUGCUUGUUAAUUAGUUAGCAGUGAGUGAAGUCAUGUUUGCUUUGAGAAGGCUUCAGUGCUUGCCAGCCAAUCUGUAUCGGUCCUUUAAAUCUAUACAGUCUGUGUUGUCAUGCCUUUGUAAGAUAUGCCAUUUAAAACUAUAUAAAAAAUGACCUUCCAUUAA